AUGCUGAGCCCUCCACAGCUCGCGCCUGAGAGCUUGGGUCUGAUGAUGGUCACUGUGAUGAUGAAGUCAUUGCAGGCCCCAGCAAGCAGAGAAAAAAGGAGGGUGGAGGGUGAGCAGAAAGAAGACCUGGAGAACAAUGAAUACACUGAGGAUGUACAACCUACAUCUGUCUGGUGCUGCAGGGGCUGGCCAAUGUACUAUCCUGGAUUAUGGGUCAAGCACCAGGGGAAGUGCCCAGGUAUCCUCAAGAUGGAGAAUCAGCUGCCAGCUCAUUUGAUACCAGUGAUGAAGAUUGAGAGGGGGAAAGAAGACAGGGUGAUGAGAUUCAGCAUGUUGAAUGUGUGCCUUUGUAAGGCCUGCUGGGAAAGGGAAGCAAGACAAUUGGCAUACUAG